UCUGGACCAAACAGCCGCACUGACCAGGUGUUUCUUAUGGCUCUGAGCUGCAGCCUGUUUUUCUCAUUCCUUCUGGCUUCCUUCCUGAUUCUGGAAGUUAAAGGUUGGCAUGACUUGGAUAAUGCUGAAUAUGACUGCUGGCCAAUAACAGACCCAAAUGAUUACAACAUGAUCAGCUGUGGUGGGUUAGAGAUGGCCUGGGUGCAUCGUCCUCCAGAGAAAGUCACAGACGGGGAGGAGUUUAAUGUUACCUAUUCUGUCACCGCCUCAGACUCCUUUUAUGAAUAUGCAGUCAGGAACAGGAUUUUCCAGUUCAGUAAUGCCUCUGAAGCGAAGAGAUUUUGCUACGAACAUGAGUGUCCCUCCAACUGGAACAAUGCUAAUGAACACAACUGCUGCGUCUACCAUGCCAACAUUCACUCCUGUCCACUUGCACUUAUGAGAGGUGGAGGGAUUUGUGGUCCUUGGAUCCCAGACGACGGUGAGAUUGUGACCCACACUGUGUCUAAAGCAGGCAAGAUGAGUCAACUGCUGUGGACCUCAAAGGUGGUGCUUGUCCAUUUAGGACUGACAUCUGUCAUUGCUCAUAUCAAAGUGGGGCAGAUGCACGCUGCCCUCGAGUCCAAAGUGCUUGUGGUCAGUGCUCAAGUGUGUGGAGAUGACAUCUGUGAGAUGGAUGAGAGUUGUUUGACAUGCCCUGCAGACUGUGGAGUGUGUCCUAUGGCCAUGACCAUCAAGGUGGCCAUUGGUCUACCAGUGGCCUUGUUCUGUAGUGGCUUCAUCUUAACUGUGGUGUGGCUGCAGUACCAAAAGCAGAAGAUGUUUUGGGACGAGAGCUGGAUCAUCAAUUAUAACAACAUACUGUUCGGAAAAGUGUGCUACAUGGGCUUCUGCAGCACCACAAGUCUCCAACAAGUGAAAAGCUCCUCUAGCGUCAGCCGGUCCACAGACGUGACUGUGUGCACAGUGGUGAACACCAACUUCAAAUCAGGCUUCAUUCAGCCUGGCAUCUAUGACGGAAGGACAGUAGCUGUGAAACAUAUCCAGAAGAAGCACUUCACUCUCUCCAAAACAAUCCGGAAAGAGAUCAGAGAGGUCAGGGAGCUAGAUCAUCCAAACCUGGCAAAGUUCAUUGGAGGCUCUAUUGAGGUCCCCUUCAUUAGCAUCGUCACAGAGUAUUGUCCUAAAGGAAGCCUUGCCGAUGUGCUGCUGAAUGAAGAUAUCCCAAUCAACUGGGGCUUUCGCUUAUCUUUUGCCACAGAUAUUGCUCGUGGGAUGGCUUACUUGCAUCAGCACAAAGUGUUCCAUGGGAGGCUUCACUCCCGCAACUGUGUUGUUGAUGACCGAUGGGUCUGCAAAAUAUCAGACUAUGGUCUUAUGGCCUACAGGAAAGAGGACUCUGAAGCACUUAGUGGCACUUUCUAUUGUGAAAACAUCUGCCGAAUAUACUGUGCCCCUGAGGUUUUGCUGGGCAGCACAAGCAGCACCACAGCUGCAGCUGAUGUGUACAGUUAUUCCAUUAUCUUAGUGGAGAUAGCCACACGCAGUGACCUAAUUUCAGAGCAGACUGAGCCUAUGAAGCUGGACGUCAUGUGGCGUCCUCCUCUUCCUGAACUGAAAGCUGGAAAAUCAGACAGCGACUGCCCCAACCAAGCAGAGUACUGUGAGCUUAUCAAGAAGUGCUGGUCCCACAAUGUCACCACCAGGCCGACAUUCGAGCAGGUGAAAAAAAUGCUGGAGAAAAUGAACCCGCAUAAAGUCAGUCCUGUUGAUAUGAUGAUGAACCUGAUGGAAAAGUACAGUAAGCAUCUGGAGGCUAUAGUGGCUGAGAGGACACAGGAUCUUCUUCAGGAGAAGCAGAAGACAGAUCGCUUGCUUUAUAGUAUGCUGCCUAAACCUGUGGCUGAUGAUCUUAGACAAGGACGUACAGCAGAAGCACAGAGCUACUCCAAUGCCACUGUAUAUUUCAGUGACAUAGUAGGUUUUACCCAGCUCUCGGGCUCCAGCACCCCCCACCAAGUCGUGGAUUUCCUCAAUAAGCUUUACACGACCUUUGAUGACAUCAUUGACAACUAUGACGUCUACAAAGUGGAGACUAUUGGGGAUGCUUAUAUGGUAGUGUCUGGUGUACCAAACGAGAACGGCAUCAAUCACGCGGGUGAGAUUGCCAGCAUGGCUCUGGAUCUGGUCAGUGUUUGCCAUGCAUUUAAAAUCCCACACAAGCCCACCACCCAGCUGAAGAUACGGGCUGGAAUACAUUCAGGUCCUGUGGUGGCUGGAGUGGUCGGCACUAAAAUGCCACGUUACUGUUUGUUUGGAGACACUGUGAACACAGCAUCCCGCAUGGAGUCUACCAGUGAAGCUUUAAAGAUUCAGUGCAGUGAAUCCACAGCUGAUCUCCUCCACACUCUUGGGGGAUACGUUCUGCUCUGUCGUGGCAGUCUAAAUGUGAAGGGCAAAGGUGAGAUGACAACUUGGUGGCUGGAGACUAAAAAAAGCCCUAUGGAUCAUUUCCUUCAAGAUGAAGAGCCACAGUGUGGUCCUGUCCCAGUUAGCAGCUAACACCACUGUCUAGAGAAUAUGCCUACCUUCCUGUCCUGAUCGUUGUAUUGAUAAGUGUAUCAUGCAAAAUGAAAUCUAACAUCGCAACAUUGGCAAAAUAAUUGCUUUUUCGGACGCUAUUCAUUCUGUGAUGUGGCAUAAAUUAUUGUGCAUUUGUAUUUAUUAUGCUUUUAUUGUUACCUUCUGAAAUUAUGCAUAGCUCAAGAUUAAUCACUCCAGGAUUUCAAGACUUGCUGAUGUAAUUUGUAAAUAUCUGUGUUUAAUAAUUAAUAAACUGUGUAUUAUGUGAA